AUGACAAACAGGUUUAUAGCAUUCACUAUAAGCAUCUCUUAUAUAGUUUCUGUAAUUUGCGUGGCAAUUGGAAAGCAUGUGGCUCCAUUUCAGUUGAUUGCCUAUCUGCCUCUUGUAUUCUUGAAUUUCCUGCUGACGAUGCUAUUGGUUUUGGCCGGAAAGCAUCUUUACCUGAACAAUUAG